GAAACUAAAUACUCCUUUCUGUUCCUGGAGCUGGGGCUUCCUGAAUCUCUCCUGCAGUGGCUCUCUGAUCACUUUGUGAGCACCACUGAACUGCAGGCUUCACUCAGUGUGCUGGAGAGCAGCAUUCUGGGUAACCUGUCCCUUCAGGUAGAGGAGGGCAAGUCAAGGCCUUCUAAAGAGACAAUCACUCAAACUGUACUACAAGCCACAGGGGAGGCAGGCCUUUCUGAAAAAGAUGUACAGUUGAUUGUAAGAGGCAGCAUCAUAAGCACUCGUUGCUCAGAGUCCUUCAACACCAAAACAGCACUGAUGAGUCUGUUUGGCCUCCCGCUGUGGUACUUCUCUCAGUCACCACGUGUAGUCAUACAGCCAGACGUGCAUCCUGGGAACUGCUGGGCAUUUAAAGGUUCAUAUGGUUAUCUGGUGAUCGGCUUGUCCAUGAAGAUCGUGCCGACAGCCUUUUCUCUGGAUCAUAUUCCCAAAUCCCUGUCGCCCACCGGAAACAUUUGCAGUGCCCCACGAGACUUCAAUGUAUAUGGUCUUGAUGAAGAGCAGCAGGAAGAGGGGCAGUUGCUUGGACAGUUUGUCUAUGAAGAAGAUGGAGAUGCUCUUCAGACCUUCUUGGUCUCUCAGGAGAUGACGAGAGCUUUUCAGAUCAUUGAGAUGAGAGUGCUGUCUAACUGGGGUCAUCCUGAAUACACUUGUGUGUACCGUUUCCGGGUGCAUGGGAAGCUUGUUGAUGAAUGACUUACAGGCACUUGGGACAUUAUGAACUCCUGACAAUUUGUCACUCAUGCACUGGAAAAAAGAGGAAUAGUCACUCUUAAGAAACAAAUAAUGUGCCAUAGAGCUACACAGUUAAUAUACGAUUGCAUGCUGGUACAUGUACUGUUAGGCCUCAAGGUCAAAAUCGGCACUUGCACUCGUCUCAUUCUGAUGCAUCACACUGUUUCCAAUUUUGUCCGUCAUCAGGGUUUAUUUAUUAUUAUUAUUAUUAUUAUUUAAUAUAUCUGUUAGAAUUCACCAGCAAAAAAUGCAUGACAAUUCUACGAACAAACCAGUGCAGAAUGUAUUUUCGACUAAAUGUAAAUUUUGUUUAUAAGUUCAAUUUUGUGCUGAUAAAUAAAGUCUUUCUGCUUUGUGGCAAACUUCACUGCCAACAAAAUAAAUAAAUAGUUAUGAUUUAAUUAUGUGUAGCAUAUGUAUUAUUUUUAAACAGUCUUUAGUUUAAUAAACAGUAGACUUGCACUAAGAGUUAAGCACUAAACUGAGACUUUCUAAUAUGUUGUUCCACGUCAAAAAUGAAACAUUAAAAUCAUCCU